AUGAUUCAUGUGUUUUCAUUUUCAGAAUUUUCAAUAAACUCGACAAUAUUACAGAGAAAUCAGUAUUAUCUCCGACAUCUUCACCGUUUUCUUGCUAGCGCUCCUGAGGUUGGGGAGGAUUCUUCCUGGUUUCUUUGCUACAAUGCCACCUCACAUGGUUGGGGAGCCAAGACCUUCCAUGAUAGAUGCGACGGUAAAAAAAAUACUGUGACUAUCAUACAGAAAGACCAAUAUGUCUUUGGAGGAUACACUGACAUUCCUUGGGGUAAGAUUUGAUAUUAAGUACCUUCAAAAGGGCUUUAGUGCCACGGGUGUUUCACCGACACCUUAAAAUACUCCUACAGGUGUUCCUCGUCACUGCAUUAUGAUUCCAGCAAUAGUACUCGGAUUGUAGUUUACAGCAGGGUAAUGGUUUGAUAGAAAGCGAGAAAUACGAUUUCCUAAAUAGUGAAUUAUUUGCCAGAGAAACACGCCUCGAUACGCCGUUUAUACUAUACUUAAGCUCUCUACGUUUCACUCGUUCAAAUGAGUUAAAUUCUGACAACAUUCAGGAUUUGUUCGCGGAAAGGAGCUAUAUUAUUUAUAAAACGGCGCCCCGUAUAAACGCCCGGCGUAAUUCAAAGUAAAAAGAUAGAUUCUGCAUUCGAGCCAAGUGGCCCACUAACAUGAAGCGGUCGGUAUUAUUGCUUCCUUCCUUUUGGAUAAAAUGAUAUUCCAUCGCAAGGUUACGUGAUGUGAUACGGAAAAGAAAUACUAUCUCCAUCAUAAAGAAAAGCCCAUUGGCCUUUGGAAAAUACAAUGACAUUCCUUGGGGUAAGAUUUUAUAUUGACUUUUAUGUAUCUUUAGUAGAUAAAAGAUUCAAGGGCUUUGGGAGGAGGGACUGAAAAUCAGCCUGACAUAGAGUGAUGUUACGUAGCGCCUCCUGCCGACUUACAUUUGCAUGUUCUCUCUUUAUACCGUACUGUAACGUUUUUCGACGGCUGUGUCUGGAGCACUACCUCAAAACUCUAACGCAGUGAGGCAAAGCCAACCAUUUCAGAACAGUCGGAUUGAGCACAGUGAUUAUUAUUGUUAGCGAGACAGCUUUUUGAAAGAAAAACUAAUAUGUUGCCCCCUCCCUUGGGCUAUGAACUCACAGUCCUUUACCUCAACGACUCCUUGCGAAGUGAGCGGCCGUAAGGCGACACGCGGAGCGUGAUAAUAUUCCUUUUAGUGGAAGCGGCAUUUUGGCCGAUGCGCGAGACAAGGAGAGAAGCAACCUCGUUCCCAGGGUUCACUCCUAUUCGUCCCUACUGAGCGAGAGAGAUAGGGACGGUUAGGAGAGAACCCUGGAAACGAGGUUGGGGGAGGAGUAAAAAAGCGCCUGUUACCAGUCCAUUGUUCUGGCUUUUCCCACGUUCACUGCAUGGACGUCGCGCUCCAAUUGGUUAAUUGAUGACGCGCGUUGUUCUGGCGAGAUUCUGGCAUGUUUGUCUGGAACAAAAUGGCCGUCACGCACUUCAUGUUCUUUUGACGAUGCUGUUAGAAAAAGUUCUUAGUUUAUUUCCAAAACUGUUCCAGAAAUAAAGGAAAAAAAAAAGUUAAAAUUCAUUGUUCAAGAAGAAAGAUGUUGUUGAAUAUCUUUCAUCUGGGUUUGAAAAAGGCCUGAUUUACUAACAUUUUUGAAAUUAGGCGUUAACAGGCCAAGCACUACUCAUAAGCUCGUGAUAAUGUGAAACGUAGACUUGGAAUUUGUUUGAAUUACAGGUUCUCCCUCUUUUCUUUCUCGCCGCUGUGUUUGGACAUAAACUGAACUUUGACUGAGCAAACCUUACUUUUGCCGUACUGAGUCUUACAUUAUUGAGGUGAUUCAUUUCCUCGUAGCUGUUAUUUUCUGUGGUUUAUGCUGCUGUCGGUGUUUGUGUUAGCCAAAAAAGGUAACCAGUUUCGAGUAGUGGAUCGACUUUUCAUUGGCCCUUUUAACAUCACCGCCGUCAGUCAAUAUUAAUUUGUGGCGGUAGUUUGGAGGAAGAGCCAGAAAAAUGGACUCUUUACAGGUGCUUUAUUUUUUCUUCUCCCCUCGUCUCGCCUUUCGCGCAAAAAGCCGCGUUUGCAUCGCCUGGCUCAUAAAGCGCCUAUUAUGCAGGCUAGCGAGGAAUGUGAGUGUACAGCGAGGCAGAAACGCGACUUAGCUUUAUAUGCAACUCGACGCCACAAUCGAUGACGUCACUGCGACUGCCAACCAGUGACGUCAUCGAUUGUGGCGUCGAGUUGCAUCAAGCUGUCCAAGCAACACCACUACAAGUGGGUGCAAAGGCCAAUAUAUUCGUUCAUCCUUUGUGAAAAAAUGUUUACUGAUGGUUAUUUCUCCUGGGUGACGAAAUGUUUACUGCUGGUAAAUAAUACUGUACAACGCUGUAAAGAGACUUAUAUUCUUCAAAUGUGAUGAAUUGAGUUAAAGUACGGCUUUUACCUUCAAAACCCCGCUUAUUUUCCUCGAAUAUAUCUAUGAAUUCUUGAUAAAUACAGUUCUACUAGCUUCUGACAGCGUCUAUUGACAGAAUUUUACGACGAAAAGUUUUAAGACGGAACCCAUCAGGAAAUUGAGUAAUUUUAAUUUUCAGUGGACAAAAACCUUGUACCAGAAUAAUUUUCUUUUUUACAUGUUUCACGGGCUACAGAUGUAAUUAGUUAUCUGUAAUAAAACCAAAGACUAUUUCUCCUGGGAGCUCAAGAAAAGAAACGUCAAAUUUCACAACAAUUCUGAAAACAUAGGUAAAAUUUUGAAAAUUUUAUAUGUAAGACGCCAUUUUUUAAAAUUUGACUUUUAGUUUCUCGGGCUCUCAUAAGAAAUUUUCUUUGGUGUUAUUACAGAUAACUGAUUACAUCUAUAGCCCUUGAAAAAUGUAAAAAAAAGAAGCAAUAUUGUUUAGAAUACUCUGGUACGAGGUUUUUGUCCACUGAAAAUUGGAAUUACUCAAUUUCCUGGUCGAUUCCGUCUUAAGGUGAUUCCUUAGUAAAAGAACCUAACAUAGCUUGUAGAUAAAACUUGGUACACUGAUGUAAAAAGUCAAGAAGAUGAUUAAAAAGUAACAAAAAGUGGGGGACACCGUGCUUGUUUUGACGUCACAAAGCUAACAAAUACUGCUGUUUAGGACCCUUUGACAAAAACCGCGCGCAUCCCAAAACUAGACAAAAAGGGGAGAUUUUUUCGAUGAUGCAUGUGGUAUCGCACAGAAUUUGAAUUAAAUGUAUUGUUUAUCCACUUAUGUACCAGAAAAAUGCCUUUUUCCCCCCUUGUUUUUACUUUACGCUCCAAAGUAGACUUAAUUUUAACACGCGCUUUUGGACCCAUUAUAGCUCAAUCCGCACAAUUUAGUAAAACUGCCAAAAAACUGAACAUAGAUUCUUGCCAAUUUUUUCUCAUUGAAAGGAAGCACUGCUCUUAUCAAAAUCAUGAAAUAAAAUAUGGGGGUCACCGUACUCCUUUUUGCGGCAGAGCUGCAAAAAGUGCGCACCACAUGUAAUUUCUCCAAUUUUUGAGAGAGGACUGGGGCGAGUUUCAAAAUGGCAUGUAUGUGGAAGUUCAGGGUGGAAAAACGUUCUGCGCAAGCUUCUGCGCAUCCCUUAUCGCAGGCUCAAGGCGGGUUUUUCUGUGUGUUGACUGUGUUCGACUGUUUGUUUGUUUGUCACUGAGAGAGUUCUGACUAAGACUGAAUUAAAUGUACAAGGCGUGAACGUUUGCUUCUCGAAAAGCCUUUUUACUUUUGUGUGGUUUUUGUUCUUCGUCCCUUGAAAAUUACUUGGACUCGGAACAACCAAUGUUAAGGAAAAAAACCGAUCAUCCCGUCAGUCUCUGAGGUGGAAUAAGGAGUUUUGAACAUUUCCAAAGAGGCGAGUAUUUUUCUGAUUGUUCAUUCGAUUUAAUUGUGAGUUGAUUUCGCCUUGUUUCGCCAGGCUGAAUUUAAACCCGCUUUUUUUUUAUUAGUAAAUACUUUUUCGCAUGCACAGAACCAGCUUUAUCCUUCUCUUCAUUGAAAGAACCAUUUUGUGCGCCGUAAAACUUUCUCGGAAAUAGAAGGUCAGUAAACUUACUCGAGAAGAAAAGACUACUUCGAUCAUUUUUCUGUUGCUCAAGUACUAGUAGUCAGAGUUUCCUUCACUUUUAAUAACAUAGUUUUGUUUUCCAGUGCACUGUUAAAAUAACAAAUAACUUUCUGUACGCAAGUGUUCCUUUUCACUCGCUGUGAAGUAGAGAAUGAGAACUACUGGCAGUGACUUCAAAACAAUUCACUCCGUCCGUAACAAUUGCUGGAGCUGGAUUUGUCUGAGGCGAGCAAAACAAAUACCCUUAUGUGCAGUUUUCAGAAUUUUCUAAGGAUUGGCUGAGUUUAAUUUGCUUGAAUGAAGACCCUCACAAGGACCAGUUAUUCACUGAGUUAUUAAAGCGAGGAAAAUAGCCACAUGGUGAAUCAUGGUUUAGCUGCGAAGCUCCCUUCAACUGAUCUUUUGCAUUUAAGAUCUUUAGGUAGGUUGUUUUCGUACAAAAAAAUUCAAUUCUUCAUUGUCAGCAAGGAGUUUUUGCAAUAAUGUAAUUUAACUUUGUUUGAAGGAAAUCCUACUUACGCGUAGGUUUUUGACAGACAUUAUGCAUGUUCAACUUGACAACACAAAGCAUAAUUCAUAUUUAUCUCUUAGUACGCGAAACGAUCAAGUUUAAAGAUAAACUAUAGUUGCUUUGGAACCGAUUUUGGGGAAGUUUUUACUAGAUAAAGAUUGACUCUUUUUCUGCCCACACAUCGACGCCAAAACUUAACAUAGAGGAUUUUGUUUACAUUUCAGUGAUCUGCAAAGCUACAAGUGUCCGAUCGAGCGUGGGUUUAAAAUACCAACUUGAAUGCGACAAAGUUCAGCGACUUCAAACACAUUGUGGGCAUGCGUUAUUUUUUGGGGGGAAAUCACUUUACAAGGAUAUUUUGCUUUUGUGUCCACAGUGGAGCUCUUGACGUUACAUAUCCAGGAACUUCCUUACAUGAACACAUUUUGUGAAUAGCUUGCAACUUUUGAAGACAAAUUGCUUGUUCUUUCCUGGUUAAGAGUGGAAACGUAUUAUUAUUAGGCAAAAAAAAAUUGAAAUCUCGCCAUUUUUUUAAACCCGGCCAGGGGAUCUGGGCAAAAAAGUUCACGCAUGCUCAUUACGUUUUUCCACCCUAAAAUGUGGAAGGGGGAAGAAAUCAUUAAAAAAACCGUUUUUUACAGAAUUUACAUCGAGAUAUCACAGUUAGGACGCAAUGUGAUAAAGAUGGCGCUUAAAUGAAAAUCAAAGUGAGUUAGCUGGAGUUUAAACUUCUAUUAUCGAGGUUCUCCGUGAGGAAGUCGAACUGAGCAACACGCGUACUGCUUACGUUAUGCACAUUUCCAACACUUAGAGUCUCAUUUUGGCAAGAAACAACCGCUAGCAAAAAUUCUUGUUGCGUUUCUCUUUAGUUACCUUCAUUUUAAUAAUGUUACUUUAGAUGCACUUUUUCACGGCAGCCAUCUUGUUUUGCGCAGUAAGAGAUGCGCAAUGCAAAACCAGUGAAUCACCUUAAAUAUUAUAAUUUCACCCCGUUUUGUGGUUACUUUGUUUUGUGUGUGUGUUUUUUUAACCAUAUUGUUUUUACCUAUUGGCAGGUUUCAAUUUCUUUGUAUUGUUUUCGCGAGGUGUUGCGAUAAAUGAUUUCUAGUAGUAACAAUAAUCAGAUUGACAAAUAAAAAUGACUUCAUCGCACAAAUAGCCUAUUUUGCUGUCUUCUGAAAGGAAAAUAUACAUGGUAACAAAAAUGUUAAUCAAAAAAAUCAAAAACAUGAAGUGAAUUCAAUUAUUUGAAAUUCCUAUUAUAUGUUUUUUAUGUUUUGUUUUGUUAGAAUCCAGUGGUAACUAUGCCGAAACCCCCAACGCGUUUAUCUUUUCUCUCAACAAUUUUGGAGGGCUGGCACCGUUUGUGAGCAAGGUGAAGCCACAAUAUACAGAACUCGCAAUUCAGAGGCAUUCAUUUUAUGGUCCAAAGUUUGGUCAGGACCUCAUCAUUUAUCUUGGUGCCGGGAAUAUUCAUCUCUCAAAAGCUGGCUUGGGCAUGGCCUACGCUGAUCCACCUGCAAAGCAGGACCCGCUCACGGUCCUGGCCGGGACUAAGUACUUCUCACCUAAUGAGGUGGAGGUAUUUUAUCUUGACCCAUCCCGCUAA